AUGCUCUGCUCCAACGUUGUCGUGCUCGGCAUCGUCAUGGCUGCUUCGGCGACGGCCCAGCCCGACUUGUUCUUCGAUGGCCAUGACAAUGGCAGUAGCAGCUACAUCGACAACAGUAGCAGCUCACUGCCAGCCUCUGUCUAUACGUUCGACCCCAAGUUUUCCGGCGGCGUGAGUGGCACCAUUAGUGUGCAGUACGCCGGUCCCUUCUCCACUUUUGCGGUCAUCACAUUCUCACUUGACUUCAGCGACGUGAACCAGAGCGAGAUCAUGGCGUUUGAUGGCAAUUGCACCGACGAAGUGAGCGAGUACAAGUGGCACAUUCAUGUCCAAUGGCCUCACGAUCGCGAGUCCGAGUCCUUCAAGCAGUGUGGACUGGCCAUCACUGGCAACCACUAUGACCCGUCGAAGGCGUGCGGCCCCAAUUCUGAGUUUGUCGGAACAAACGAGUGUCUGGCCAAGACUCCAGGAUACAGCUGCAGUCCUGACACGUACGCGAAGGACCCACUAGUUUGUGAAAAAGGCGACUUAUCGGGCAAGUUUGGCGGCAUCAAGCUGGAUGACAGCAAACGAGUUAGCAAAAGGUACUACGAUCGCAACUACCCGCUGCCGGAGGAGAACACACCCGAGUGGAACGUAAUUCUCCAUGCGGUCUGUGGCAAAGCCACUCCUCGCAUAGCGUGCGCUGUCGGCAAACCAUUGACUCAGAUCAGAGGUCCACCUCAGACUACGAGCAGUAGACCUCCGCAGUGA